UCUGUAGUAAUUUUUGUUCACGGGUACUGCAAGUUGGAAACUUGUUUGACCGGUUGACAAAUUUACAUCGCACAUAAAAAAAAAAUCUGAAGAAUGAGCAAGAGAAAAGCUCCUGCUUCAGAGAAUAAUCUUAAUCAUGAUUUAUGCGACUUCUUAAUUGAACUCGCUAAUUAUGAACGCAACGUUAGUAAAAACAUCUAUAAGUAUAAUGCAUACCGUAAAGCAGCAAGUGUGCUGAGUGGAUUAUCGACAAGAAUAAAAAAUGGAGAAGAAGCUAGAAAGCUUCCUGGUAUUGGGGAAAAGAUAGCAAAGAAGAUCGAUGAAUUUUUGGAAACUGGAAAACUCAGAAAAUUAGAAAAUAUUAACAAGGAUGAGAGCAAUGUUGCCAUUAAUUUACUAACAAGAGUUUCUGGAAUAGGACCUACAAAAGCAAAAGAAUUAUACGAUUUUGGUAUAAAAAACCUGGACGACUUACGAAAACAUGAAAACAAACUGAACCAUCAUCAGAAGAUUGGCCUUAAGUACUUUGAUGAGUUUGAGAAGAAAAUCCCCAGGAAUGAAAUAAUAGAAAUCGAAAAAAUAAUUAAGCAUGCCAUUAAUGAAUUAGAUGAGCAAUAUGUGGUGACAAUUUGUGGUAGUUACCGACGUGGUAAACAAGAAAGUGGAGACAUAGAUGUUUUAAUUACACAUCCAAGUUAUACAUCUGAAGAUAAAGAAGAAAAGAAAAAAUGCUCGCUGCUUGAUAGAAUUAUCAACGUACUUAAAAAGGAAAAGCUGAUUACAGAUACCAUUUCUCAAGGAGAGACAAAAUUUAUGGGAGUGUGUAAUCUUUCAACAGAGGAAAGUAAAUGUAAUAGGAGAUUGGACAUAAGGCUUGCACCCUAUGAUCAAUAUUAUUGCGCAGUUCUCUAUUUUACGGGAAGUGAUUUGUUUAAUAAGAAUAUAAGAAAGCAUGCUUUAGAGAAGAAAUACACUCUGAAUGAAUAUUCUCUGAAACCUUUAACGGAGGAAGGGUUGCCAGGAAAACCGGAGAACAUUACAAGCGAAGAAGAUAUCUUUCACAUUUUGGGGCUUCCCUAUAAAGACCCUACAGAAAGAAACAUGUAAACCGCAAUCACAUUUACGUACAUGUAAUAUUAAAUAUUUAUUUGAUCGUGCUUGAUUAUAAAAAAUAUGCUUUAUCUUUUAUACACUAUUGAACAUACACAACAUUAUAUAUUUAUGAUCUGUAAAAUGAAUAAUAUAUUAGAAGAA